AUGAUUUCAACAAUCGGCACAACAACAAUUCAAACAACAACAGCACCAAACUCGUUAGUUAUGAAUCCAACAUCUAUGUUAGUAGAGAUGAAAAGCUUCAUUCCUUCUUCAUAUACUUUCGAAACAGAAAUCCAGAAGAUAAAGCAGGAACUGUUAACAGGUAGUUUAGACUGUAGUGCGAAAGAUGAAACAAAUGAACAGUAUCUUUAUGACAUGCAGGAUAUUAUUGACCAUUUACCCAAAUUGCCUGAAAUCCAACAGCAAAAACUAACUAUUCCUGAAUUUGACGAAAUAGAAGUCAAAGCAACUGACUCGGUAGAAAUAAAGAAGUUCAUACGUAAG